AUGGGGGAUUUUGCUAAUCAUCUGCAGUACCUAAUAGCGUCUACUGAAAAUUACCAAAAUGUCAUUCACUUCAAUUUUGUACUGUGGGACUCUCAGGAAACGACUCUCCUUCCAAGAAACGCUAACAGUUUAGCCAGGGUCGGUGCCAACCUAAGGCUUGGACGUGGUGCGAGAUUUUCAAAACCCACUUCUGACGCGGAACCCUCCCGGCUUCCGACCCUUUCUCCUUCUUUGGGGUGGAAACAGUGUCUCCGCUUUGCAACGCGCGCACGGAAAAAGAAUGGGGGAGCAUGUUGCACUUUAACUUUUUUAAAAGUUGAGUCACGGCUGGUUGCACAGAGAAAGCUCCGCAGUGCAGAGGAAGCCGGGACGCGGUUGGGGCGGGGGCGACUUCUGGGGACCGCGAGGCCCGAGCCGCCGCCCCCGGCGCGUGCCCCGCACCCCUGCGGGCCCGCUGAGGCGCCGGGCUCCCGGGCCGGCCCAGAAAACGCCGAGCGAGUAGGGGGCGGCGCGCAGGGAGGGGGCAGGGCCGCGGGCGCGGGGUUUGGCGGGUGGGGAGAGGUAGAAGAUGUGACGCCGCGGCACAGCUGCCAGAGCAGCGGACGCGGUGCCUGUGCCUCAAGCCGGCUCUGGGGCGCCGCAGCUGGGCGGGCGCCUCUCCCGAGAGCGGCGGCCCGCGGAGACAGGCGCCCCGACCCCGGCUCCCCGGCCGCGCGCUGGGGCCGGCCUAGAGGGGAGCAGCCGGGCUGCACGAGGCUGGGGGCCCGUGGGCGCGGCCGCGCGCCGCCGGGCGGGAGGCUGGGGGGCCGGGGCCGGGGCCGUGCCCCGGAGCGGGUCGGAGGCCGGGGCCGGGCUCGCGGGGCGGCAUCUCCCCGGGCGGCUCCCGCGCCCCCAGCUCCCCGGCAGGGCUCCGGAGGGGCCAUGGCAGCCGGGAGCAUCACCACGCUGCCCGCCCUGCCGGAGGAUGGAGGCAGCGGCGCCUUCCCGCCCGGCCACUUCAAGGACCCCAAGCGGCUGUACUGCAAAAACGGGGGCUUCUUCCUGCGUAUCCACCCCGACGGCCGCGUGGACGGGGUCCGGGAGAAGAGCGACCCGCACAUCAAAUUACAACUUCAAGCAGAAGAGAGAGGAGUUGUAUCCAUCAAAGGUGUGUGUGCAAACCGUUACCUUGCUAUGAAGGAAGAUGGAAGACUGCUGGCUUCUAAAUGUGUUACAGACGAGUGCUUCUUUUUUGAACGACUGGAGUCUAAUAACUACAAUACUUACCGGUCAAGGAAAUAUUCCAGCUGGUAUGUGGCACUGAAACGAACUGGACAGUAUAAACUUGGAUCCAAAACAGGACCUGGGCAGAAGGCUAUACUUUUUCUUCCAAUGUCUGCUAAGAGCUGAUUUUAAUGGCACCAUCUAAUCUCAUUUCACAUGAAGAAAGAGAAACAUAAAUUUGUUAAUGAGAGGAAAACAAAUGUCUACAGCUCAGCUUUUUUAAAUGGCCAGGAAACUUUUUAUCUAAUAGUAAAUGUUUAGGAAUUGUUUUCUUUACUGAGGCAAUGGUUAGAGAAUGUAUAGACUUCCACC